UGUUCGCGCAGAGACUCAACGUACGCAGAAAGGAGGAACAUGGCCGCCGUGCAGCUGCUGCGGGUGUCGGUACAUGAGCGGAUCAGCGCUGCCGCUGAAGACGUUCUGAUGCAGGUGGAGAAAGAUGGAGGAAUGGCUCAAGUCCCGGCACUGAGAGCGAUGCUAACCGAGCGGCUAAUGGCGGCGGCUGAGGAGAUCCUCGCGGUGUUUGAGGAAACCGUGGCAGAGUACGAAGACAGAUACGAAGACCGAGUGGAGCGGACAGGGGAGGAGAUCAGCCGCCAGAGGAGGCUGCUCGAUGCCAUGAUGCAGCCCGUAGUCCGGCUUCACAGAGCAGUGUGUCCUGCAGAUGUCCAGCAACUGAUGGUGAAUAAAGAAGAUGUUACCCCUGAGCAGCAGCAGUGGAGCCCCCUUGUGGUCAAGGAGGACCCAGAGCCCCCCCAUAUUAAAGAAGAACAGGAGGAACCUUGGACCAAUUGGGAUGGACAGCAACUUCAAGGACUGGAAGAGGCUGAUAUGAAGUUCACCUUAACUCCUGUCGCUGUGAAGAGUGAAGAAGAUGAAGGGGAACUUAAAUUGUCAAAGCUUCAUCCGAGUGAGACGAAGGAGUACAGAGGGAACUUAAGGGGCAAUCUAAAGAAAGAGAAACGAUUUAGUUGCUCUGAGUGCGGUAAAAGAUUUAACCAAAAGGGCACUCUAAAUACACACAUGAGGCGUCAUACAGGAGAGAAACCAUUUAGUUGCUCUGAGUGUGGUAAAAGAUUUAACACAAAGGGCAAUCUAAAUACACACAUGAGGCGUCAUACAGGAGAGAAGCCAUUUAGUUGCCCUGAGUGUGGUAAAAGAUUUAACCAAAAGGGCAUUCUAAACACACACAUGAGGCGUCAUACAGGAGAGAAACCAUUUAGUUGCUCUGAGUGUGGUAAAAGAUUUAACACAAAGGGCAAUCUAAAUACACACAUGAGGCGUCAUACAGGAGAGAAGCCAUUUAGUUGCCCUGAGUGUGGUAAAAGAUUUAACCAAAAGAGCAUUCUAAACACACACAUGAGGCGUCAUACAGGAGACAAGCCAUUUAGUUGCUCUGAGUGUGGUGAAAAAUUUAUCCAAAAGGGCAGUCUAAACAUACAUAUGAGGUGUCAUACAGGAGAGACACCAUUUAGUUGCCCUGAGUGUGGUACAAGAUUUAACCAAAAGUGCAUUCUAAAAACACAUAUGAGGCUUCAUACAGGAGAGAAGCCAUUUAGUUGCUCUGAGUGUGGUAAAAGAUUUAACACAAAGGGCAAUCUAAAUACUCAUAUGAGGCGUCAUACAGGAGAGAGGCCAUUUAGUUGCUCUGAGUGUGGUGAAAGAUUUAUCCAGAUGAGCAGUCUGAAUACACAUAUAAGGCGUCAUACAGGAGAGAAGCCAUUUAGUUGCUCUGAGUGUGGAUCAAGAUUCAACCAAAAGGGCAGUCUAAACGUGCAUAUGAGGCGUCAUACAGGAGAGAAGCCAUUUAGUUGCUCUGAGUGUGGUAAAAGAUUUAACACAAAGGGCAAUCUAUGUACACACAUGAGGCGUCAUACAGGAGAAAAGCCAUUUAGUUGCUCUGAGUGUGGUGAAAGAUUUAUCCAAAAGAGCAAUCUGAAAUCACAUAUGAGGCGUCAUACAGGAGAGAAACCAUUUAUUGGCUCUGAGUGUGGUAAAACCUUUAACCAAAGCAGCAAUCUAAAUAAACAUAUGAGGAGUCAUACAAGAGAGAAACCGUUAAAUUCCAACAGGGAUCGCUGCUGGCUCGGAACUCGGAGUCUCUGUUUCCUCAGGCUGGCUCUCAUUGUUCUUCUCAGAGACUCGAGGUGCGCAGAAAGGAGGAACAUGUCCGCCAUGCAGCUGCUGCGGGUGUCGGUGGAGAAAGGAGGAGGAAUGGCUCAAGUCCCGGCGCUGCGAGCGAUGCUAACCGAGCGGCUAAUGGCGGCGGCUGAGAUGAUCCUCGCGGGGCUCGAGGAAACCUUGGCAGAGUACGACGACCUAGGGGAGAUCUGUCGCCAGAGGAGGCUGCUCGAUGCAGUGAUGCAGCCCGUAGUCCGGCUGCACAGAGCAGGGUGUCCUGCAGAUGUCCAGCAACUGAUGGUGAAUAAAGAAGAGGUUACCCCUGACCAGCAGCAGUGGAGCCCCUUUCUGGCCAAGGAGGACCCAGAGCCCCCCAACAUUAAAGAAGAACAGGAGGAACCGUGGACCAAUUGGGAUGGACAGCAACUUCAAGGACUGGAAGAGGCUGAUAUCAAUUUCACAUUGACUCCUGUCGCUUCCAACAGGGAUCGCUGCUGGCUCGGAACUCGGAGUCUCUGUUUCCUUCCGCUCGCUCUCUUUGUUCUUCUCAGAGCCUCGAUGUGCGCAGAAAGAAGGAACAUGGCCGCCGUGCAGCUGCUGCGGGAGUCUGUACACGAGCGGAUCAGCGCUGCCGUUGAAGACCUCCUGCUGCAGGUGGAGAAAGGAGGAGGAAAGGCUCAAGUCCCGGCACUGCGAGCGAUGCUAACCGAGCGGCUAAUGGCGGCGGGUGAGGAGAUCCUCGCGGGGCUCGGGGAAACCUUGGCCGAGUACGAAGACCUAGUGGAGCAGUCCGAGCGGGAGAUCUGUCGCCAGAGGAGGCUGCUCGAUUCCGUGAUGCAGCCCGUAGUCCGGCUGCACAGAGCAGUGUGUCCUGCAGACGUCCAGCAACUAAUGGUGAUUAAAGAAGAGGUUACCCCUGAGCAGCAGCAGUGGAGCCCCCUUGUGGUCAAGGAGGACCCAGAGCCCCCCAACAUUAAAGUGGAACAGGAGGAACCGUGGUCCAAUCGGGAUGGACAGCAGCUUCAAGCACUGGAGGAGGCUGAUAUCAAGUUCACAUUGAUUCCUGUCGUUGUGAAGAGUGAGGAAGAUGAAGAGGAACUUAAAUCGUCAAAGCUUCAUCCGACUGAGACGACGGAGAACAGAGGGAACCUAAGGGGCAAUCUAGAGAAAGAGAAACCAUUUAGUUGCUCUGAGUGUGGUAUAAGCUUUCACCAAAAGAGCACUCUAAAAACACAUAUGAGGCGUCAUACAGGAGAGAAGCCAUUUAGUUGCUCUGAGUGUGGUAAAAGAUUUACCACAAAUGGCAGUCUAACUACACAUAUGAGGCUUCAUACAGGAGAGAAGCCAUUUAGUUGCGCCGAGUGUGGUAAAAGAUUUAAUACAAAGGGUUGUCUAACUACACAUAUGAGGCGUCAUACAGGAGAGAAGCCAUUUAGUUGCUCUGAGUGUGGUAAAAGAUUUCGCAAAAGGAGCAAUCUAGUAAUACAUAUGAGGAGUCAUACAGGAGAGAAACCAUUUAGUUGCUCUGAGUGUGGUAAAAGAUUUUACACAAAGGGCCGUCUAACUAAACAUACGAAACUUCAUACAGGAGAGAAACCAUUUCGUUGCGGUGAGUGUGGUGAAAGAUUUAACCAAAAGGACUGUCUAACUACACAUAUAAGGCAUCAUACAGGAGAGAAGCCAUUUAGUUGCUCUGAGUGUGGUAAAAGAUUUUACAGAAAGGGCCAUCUAAAUACACAUAUGAGGAGUCAUACUGGAGAGAAGCCGUUUAGUUGCUCUGAGUGUGGUGAGAUAUUUAGCCAGAAGAGCAAUCUAAAUAGUCAUAUGAGGCGUCAUACAGAAGAGAAUGCAAUUAAUUGCUCUGAGUGUGGUAAAAUAUUUACCAAAAGGAGCAAUCUAAAUAUACAUAUGAGGAGUCAUACAGGAGAGGAACCGUUUAGUUGCUCUUAGUGCGGUAAAGGAUUUAACCUAAGGCGCAUUCUAAAUAAACAUAUGAGGAGUCAUUAGGGUUGCAAAUUCCAGGAAUAUUCAAAGUUGGAAACUUUCCAUGGGAAUUAAUGGAAAAUGUUUGGGUAAUUUAUACUAACUGUAUUUACCUUGUCAUAUGCAAGCAUAAAUAUAAACAUUUUGUUUUGGGCACUUGAUUAUAUGCUUCUACAUCUUUGUUGCAGUCUUAACAUAGGUCUUUGAACAGUAUUUGCAAAUGUACACAGCAUUUCCUUCUACAUUGGCUGGGGUGAAAUGUUUCCACAUAUGAGAGUGCACGUGGCAUUGUUCUGUAGAAUAAGAUGAGAAAAAAGCUUGUAAAUCACACUAAAGCAAUGCCAGAGAUAUAAAUAGUUAGCUAAACAAUUGGAAUCAUUUUUAAAAAUAUUUUACAAUUGAUGGAUAAAUUAAUAGAAAUAGGCUAGAUGAACAGAUAAACUAUCCUCAAUCAGCAUGCUAAUAUAUUUCCCCCAGUAGUAUCAUCAAACUUACCUGACUAUUCCUUUGGCUAAUGCAAUAGUGUAGCCUCAAUAGCCCUGCUGUAGUGUGCGAAUUAUCUGUGCAUGUGAUCGAGGAAUGCACAGUGCAGGGUUGAUAUUCAACUUGCAGCGUGUGCUUCAUUCCAUACAUCUUUAAAAUAGAGUUUUGAAUUAUCUUUCUAUAGGUCAGCAUUAAAUUUGCUGUAACAUUUUCUUUCAAAAAUUCCCAAAAUUCCCACUCUUAACUUCCAUGGAAAGUUUCCAGAAAUUUACCAAAAAUGUUCCACCCCUUUGCAACCCUAGGAGUCAUACAGGAGAUAAAUCGCUUAGCUGCUAUGACUGGUAAAAGAUUUAAGAUUCAGUCCUAUUGCACGAGACAUGAGGAUUCAUAAAGGAGAGAAAUUAUUCAGUUGCAGCCUUUGCAACAAAAGAUUUUUUAGGAUUUAUCAGCAGAUAUUCAUAUUAUACAUAUUCAUAGUUCACUGUUUUAAGUAGACUACAAACAGUUUUUAUGUCCCUAGAAAAUAUAACUCAUUGAAUAACAUCAAAAAAUUUGUGUUUAUAAAUCUUGUUUCAACUGAUUUCUACAUAAUUCAUCUAUUUUCAUAAUGUCCUUCAUGUCAUUUUAAGGUUAAAGUGUCUUCCUUGCACUGUAUGAAUGUGUGUUCUUAACUAGUUCAUAUGAUUAAAUAUGUUAGUUUUAAUACAAUGGUUUCUUGGUUUGUGAGAUUCAAUGACAGUGUGUGUUCUCCUUUAUGUAUUGAAUGUGUUUCCAAGAAUAAAAGUCUGAUAAAAAGAUAA